AUGGCCACCGAAAUGGAGGCAGCGCCCGUGUUGUCGACCCCAGACACUCGCAUCUUGGAGGCCACAGACACCGUCACCACACACGAUACGGCUCAAACUCUGUCCGACGAGGAACUAUCGAUCACCUAUGAUAUUGAUCGUACCUUGAAAGAAAUUCGCCAAGCGCGAUACAAGCGUAUUGCUCUCCAGUUCCCCGAUGAGAUGCUUCCGGAUGCUCCACGGGUGUUUCAGUUACUCAGUCGCGGCCUGGACAAGCGCAACAUAUCGGAGUCAAACGAAGGGGAUGUAGCGCAGAGUAGGGGGACAAACGCUGGUGCCGAUCCGAAUGAGCUGUCCCAUGCGGUAUCUCAGCUUGAUGUGAAGACCCCCGAGCCGGCCCCAAGACUGUAUAUUCUGGCCGACACAUCCUAUGGAACAUGCUGUGUUGAUGAAGUUGCCGCAGAGCAUGUGGAUGCAGAUGUGGUUGUACAUUAUGGACGCUCAUGCCUGUCUCCAACUGCGAGGCUCCCAGUGAUUCAUGUUUUCACCCACAAACCUCUUCCGCUGGAGCCCGUUGUCCGGGCAUUCAAGGAGACCUACCCCGACCCUACCACGAAGGUCAUUCUCGCGGCUGAUGUGACCUACUCCGACCAUAUUCCCUCGCUGUAUUCACGACUAGUGAAGGAAGGCUACAGCGGUUUGUUUGCCACGGAGAUAGUCCACAACCCAUCGUCCGCCAUUCCCAAUAGAACCGUGCCGGAUUCCGUCCGCGACUCGUCAGAGUCGCUCUUGGAGUGGCAGCUUUUCCACAUCUCCGACCCUCCCACCGCGCUUCUCCUGACCCUUGCGUCGCGCGUCGCUUCAAUUUACAUAUAUCCCACGAACGAUCUGACCAGUGAGAAUGUCAAGCCGCUGCCCGCGUCGACCGCGUCCACUCUGCGGCGCCGAUAUGCCAUCCUGACCUCCCUCAAUACCGUACCGAUCUUUGGGAUCCUGGUUAACACUCUCAGUGUGAAGAAUUACCUACACAUCGUCGAUCACGUCAGGGAGCGGAUUGCGGCCGCCGGGAAGAAGAGCUAUCUGUUUGUGGUGGGCAAGUUAAAUGCCGCCAAGGUAGCCAAUUUCAGUGAGAUCGGUGGUUGGGUGGUGAUUGGUUGUUGGGAGAGCUCCCUGGUCGAUAGUAAAGAUUUUUGGAAGCCAGUAAUUACCCCGUUUGAGUUGGAGCUUACUCUCAAGGCGGAUACGGAACGGGUCUGGACGGGAGCCUGGCAGAGCGAUUUCCAGAGUGUCCUUGACCAGCCAGAGGUUUCUAAUCCCUCGUCUAACGGUGCGACCGCGGAGGACGAUGACGAGAUGUCCGAACCCGAGUCCGCGCCACCUGAAUUCGAUUUGCGGACAGGGCGAUAUGUCUCGCACUCGCGUCCGAUGCGGGAAUCCGCACCUCGCGUUUCUGCCGACGAUGCUGCAUCUGCAGCCGGUGGCCCUUCUGCUGCUCGGGCUCUCGCUCGGCGGGCUAAAGGGGAUGUAGCCGUGAUCGGCGGUACUCUCUCGCCAGGGGCAGAGUACCUACGGUCGCAUCGGACCUGGAAGGGUCUGGGGAGUGAUUUCAAUAUCCAAUAUGAGGAUGAUGAGGAGUCUAACGAUAGCACGCUGGUGGUGGAAGGGCGCAAGGGAAUCGCAAGGGGAUAUACUGUGGGCGGAUCAAUAGAGAAGCAUUAG